AUGACAGUCCCUGUGCUUGCGAAUACCAGCGUCGAUUUGCAGCCCGUGCUGGAUGCGAUCUCCAGCAGGGCGACAGUUGCAGAUUUGCAGAAGGUGGUGCAGGACAUCAGCUUUCAGCCUGUUGUGGACCUUCAGCCCGUGCUGGACGCGGUCGCCAGCAGGGCGACAGUGGCGGACGUGCAGCGGGAGGUGCAAGACAUCCAGCUCCAGCCAGAAGUGGACCUUGGGCCUAUACAACCCAGCCCAGGCAGAAGUGGGACCUUGGGCCUGUUGCUGGAUGCGAUCGCGAGCAGGCCACAACUCCGACGUGCAGAAGAUUGGGCGCAGGACUUCAAGGCUCCUGCCAGCCGUGGACCUUACGCCCGUUUUGUGAAGCGAUCUCGAGUAGGGCGACAGUUGCAGAUGUGCAGCAGGCGGUGCGGGACUUCAGCCCCCAGCCCGUUGUGGACUUCACUCCUGUGCUGGAUGCGGUCCACAGCAGGGCGACGGUGGCGGACGUGCAGCGGCCCGUGCAAGACAUCAAGCUCCAGCUGGGAGUGGACUUGA